AUGUCUGAUUCUCAAGGCAAGAACCAUGGGAUUAUUGCUCCCCAUGCUAGUAAGCCUGGCAAGAAGCCAGCUGUUGAGCUGUCUGUCAAUGUUGGAAGCAGUACGGCUCAUUCACAGCAGAGCUCACAAACUUAUGUGCAUUCUCCGACACCAAUACUCUCUAAUUGUGUGAGUCCAAGCUCAGUUCCAAGUUAUACGAAGUCUAUUAUGAACGCCAGUGGUACAUCUGGAGCAGUGGUAAGUAAUACACCUGAACCAGGGUUGAAAAGGGUUCCUACAGUGACAUUCAGUGAUCCGAAGCAAUUUCCUUCGAAACCGAUGGGAUCACAAGUGAACGUUUCUCAAACGCAGGGGGUGCGUGUGCUGAGUGGCGAUUCUACUGGAUCGGGAGCAACUGCUGAGGGUGAAGAUACAGAUCGCAGCCUGCAGUCUAGCCCCCACGGUAAGGUUAUGUCACCUACUUUCCAAACAGCGGCAGCUGUCGCAAGGAACUCGCCUCCUCCCCAGCAAUACGCAUCUACAGUUGCGAAUCCCGGUGCGAACCCGUCACACCUGACUUGUCAUACGCCAACCAACCUCCCGGAUCUCCAGAAGAAGGCAGUUGGAAAUAUACUUACAAAAAUGCUAGGUGAUCAAUCCAGUACUGCGUCACCGCUUACAGACUCUGAAAAACCACAUUCACAGGAUGAUCAUCUACAUUUCUAUGUCAGUGAUGCACUCCAUGCAUCGCCUACAGGCGUAAGGUCGCGAUCCAGCAGUGUUAGUCCUAAACCAUUAUCAGUUCUACCUGACUCAAAACCAGCUGAACCUCUCAAUCUGGACAGUGCUAUAGAGGGAAACUCACAGCAACAACAAAUAGCUCCGAAUAUUCCCAAAAGAGACCCUGGUAAGAACGUGGAUCCUAGACUACCUCAGGAUGAUGGCAAGUUACAUGUUUUGUUUGGCGCGACAGGUUCUUUGUCGGUACUAAAAAUCAAGUCAAUGAUUAAAAAGCUAGAAGAAAUAUACGGUCGGGACAGAAUCACAAUUCAGGUGAUAUUAACACAAUCUGCAGCCCAAUUCUUUGCUAAUAAGACAUCAAGAAAGAGAAACAUAAGUACAUCGACAGUCCCCUCAGGUGACCAGACAUUGACGCCCUCGUUAGGUGCUCAACAACACCACCACCCUGCAUCUGCCAAUCCACCUGCAAAUGGUUCAAAUAAUACCACUACCGGAAUGCACUCCGGUGCCCCUAGCAAUAGUGUACCAGGCCAGGCAGGUACUCCUUCGGAUGCACAUACAGCAGCGGCGAAAAUUGAGCUACCACCUCACAUUCAAGUGUGGACGGAUCAGGACGAGUGGGACGUAUGGAAACAGAGAUCAGACCCCGUUCUACAUAUUGAACUACGUCGCUGGGCGGAUAUCCUCGUAGUUGCGCCCUUAACUGCAAACACUUUAUCAAAAAUAGCACUCGGCUUAUGCGACAACUUAUUGACCAGUGUGAUCAGAGCUUGGAAUCCCAUGUUCCCCAUCUUUCUAGCCCCAAGCAUGGUAAGUGGAAGCUAUAAUUCAUCAAUAACCAAGCGACACUUGAAGAUGAUCAAAGAGGAAAUGCCGUGGAUCACUGUUUUCAAACCUUCAGAAAAGGUUAUGGGCAUACACGGCGAUAUUGGCCUUGGAGGAAUGAUGGAUGGGAAUGAGAUUGUCGACAAGGUUGUAAUGAAGUUAGGUGGGUAUCCAAAGGAAGAAGAAGAAGAGGACGAAGAAGAGGAGGAAGACGAAGAUGAGGAGGCCAAGCAAACAGGCAAGGCUGACCGUAAAGAUGGAGAUGAAGACGAAGAUGAGGAUGACGACGACGACGACGACGACGAUGACGACGACGACGAUGACGAUGAUGAUGACGACGACGAUGACGACGACGACACUCAGGAUCGCUCGUCAUCGGUAGGGUCUCCAGUGGUAGCUAAUGCGGCGGCUUCCAUAAGCAAACUCAGUGUAUAG